GCGCCUCUCCGGGGGAUGGAGGGGAUGCAGGCGGCGGCCGACCCUGCCGGCGGCGGCCCUCAAGGGCCCAAGAUAGGGAGCAAAACAGCCAGCCCCAUGGAGGUGGCCUCAGCUGUGGAGAGAAGUGGUCCUGAGCCACAGCCGGAUAACGGACACCUCCCCAGACCCUGGCCCUGCCCUCGGGAAGACAGAACACCCAACCAGAUGGCCCCCCUGCCUCCCAGGGCACGGAGGGCACAGCUCCAAGGCCCCUCUGUUCUGGAGUCCAAGGUGAGGGCUUUGAAGGAGAAGAUGACAAGUCAACAGGGGGCGAGCCCCUGUCCCACUUCCCAUGAGCGGUCCUCCCCCAAGAAGUCCAAAUGCAGACGAGUCAAAGCAGGUGGAGCUGGGACCCCCUCAGAGGGCUCAUCCCUGCCAGAUGCUGUGGUGGUCUCCCAUGCUCUGAACCUGACCAACAGUCAGCUGGACAGCACUGUCGAUGAGGAGGACCCUGCCAGGACUGGGGACCCCAGACCUCCCAGGCCGCCCACCCCUGGGCUUGAGUGCUGGAAUGGGAGGAGUCCAUGGCCUCCAGAAGGAGUGUGGACUCUGCCUGACCAUGAGAGGGGUCUGCUGCCAGGGCCUGGCUCUGUGCAAGAGAGCGCCAUCCCCAGAGUUACUCCAGGCCGGCCUGGGGGCCCUGGGCCUAGCAGCGGAAUCCCCCAUAUGCCCAGCCUGAGGAAAGGAAGGCCGUACCCCGUUCAAGAUGGUCUGGUCACAGGGGGAGAUCUGGACAGUGCAUCCCUGACCUCCGAAGAGGACUUUGUCCCCAGGACACCUGUGCUGGGGGUGCUGUGGAGAGCUGGAGACCUGGGGGCUCUGGGCACUGGGGGCAACGCCCUGUCCCUGUCUGACCGGGUCGAGAGGAAUCGCGUGCUGCUGCAGGAGAUGCUGAAUAUUUCGAGACAGAGCCCCACCAAGGUGGGCAGCCCAGCCUGGACUCCGUCCUGGGACAGAGCUGCACCAGAGCAACCAGCGGGGGACAUGGACUGGGACUUGGGCGUCUCCCUGCAGGACUCAGACCAGAACAGAACCUUUGGUCCCAAGCCGGAGCCUGUGCUGAGCUCCAGGCAUGAGGAAGCCAAGCAUCUGCUUCAGCAUGCCCGCAUGAAGGCCAGGACCCGGCCCCUCCGUGCCAGCCAUGACAUCGUGCCCACCAUUGCCCAGGGCAGCCGAGACGGGCGGAGGAGCCCAGCCCGGGACCCCAGGAUGAUCCUUGCCUGCAGAGACAGCCCCCAGAACGGGAACGUGAGUGACUCUUCCAGCGGGGAGUCCAGCAGCGGGCAGUGGCCGAGGCGGGGCACCUCCCCGUCACACGUCCGCUUUGAGGACGAGUCAGCCCGCGAAGCCGAGGUCCGCUACCUGGAGCGGCUGCAGCAGCGCCGGCAACAGUGCCAGGGGCUGCGCACGGCGCUGCCGGCCGCGGGCCAGGGCCCCCUGCGCUCCAAGCCCGACCUCGCCCACUACAUCAACGGGGGCGUCCGGCUCCCGGACGCGGGGCAGGGGGUGCUCCACAGGCCUGCAGGUGGCCUGGGCCGCAGGGGCCUCCCGCUGCCGCUGCCCCGUGCGGGCGGCGAGAGAAAGUGCAGAGCCUGUGGCAGCUGUAUCGAGGACCGCCACCCUGCCGAGGGGAAGGAGGUCCAAGCUGCCUGUGGGAUGGGGGGGCUGCUGGUGGGGCCCCAUAGCUCCCCCCUCCGCCUCCUCCCUGCCGAGUCAGGGCCCCACACGGAAUGGAUCCGGGAAACACACAUCGGAGACACCACGCGCCCUGAGGAGGUGGACUCCGCCCUGGACAGCACCGACACAUCGGACAGCUGCAGGACCGACAGUGAGGAGGCAGGGACCGCUCAGCCCAGCAGGGCAUGCGGCCGGAGCCCAGGCAGCAGCCCCCGACUGCGGGGCUCCAGGCCUGGAGGAGGCGGCAGGUGGCCCAGGAAGGCUGAAGUGGAGCUGCCCCGGGGCCUUCCAGCCCCCCAUCACCUGCCUGGGGUUGAUGAUGUGGAGGUGGGAGAUGAGGUGAAAGGUGGCAGAGGACACACGCCUGAGGGGACGCUGUUUCUGAGAGAAGAUACUGUCCCUAACCCUCCUGCCUUGGAAUCUAAGAGGGCUUCUGUGAAGUCACAGCGGCAGCCUGGAUCAGAUUUGGGAAACCACUGGGCUCACCCUGUGGAUUCCCUGGCUCCGUGCAGGACAGCCUAUGCCACAACCUCUUCCACGAAGCUUGGGCCCUCGGGGUCAGGCAGACCAGCCCAGGUUAUAGAAAGCCCUGAGUCUCUGGAAGUUGACUCCACCUCCUCCCAGCAACAGAACCAUGCAGAGCCCUCUGCCCCCCACCAAGCCCAGCAGCCAGCUGCUUCCAUCUCCUGUGAAGGUUGGGUGCCAACCCCUCCCUCUUCUAGGAAAACCACCUCACCUCUGUCUCACAGGAAGGCAGCCUUGGCCGGACCCUGCAGAACGGGUGACCGAGGACAGCCUGUGGACAUCUCCCUGCCUCCUUCAGGAAGUAUGGUUCUCAGGACCUGUGAGCUCACCCCACCACAGACCCAGCCCUGCAGCCCCCAAGUCAGACACCCACUGCUGGCCCUGUCCACCAACAACUGCAACAACAGCAUGCCUCAGGGGCUGCAGGAGUCCUGGGGAGGAGCUAUCCAUGAGGGAAGAGUGGAGAGGAGCCCCUGCAGCCAGGAGCUCAAGCCGCCCCCAGAGAACAGCCGAGAUGGUAAGGGAUUGCCAGUGGACUUUCUUGGCUCAGCAGACAUUGUCACUGUCAACUCCACGGGCUUCACCCUCUCCCUGGCCUCCGAGGAGCCAGAGUCCAGCCAGGAGCCAGAGGGAGGCCUGCAGAGGACAGAGUUGAGUUUCGGAGGGCAUGCGCCAUACCGAGCAUCACCAGGGGCCAUUGCAGGACCUGGCCCACCCUCAGCUGCCCCUUCUGACAGGAACAAGAAAAGGAGCAGCAGCAUCGCCUCUGCCCUGGGGCUGAAAAAGUUCUUCUCAGCCUUGGGCCAGAGUGCCCGGCCCAAGCUGGGCAAGUCCCGCAGCUACAGCGUGGAGCAGCUGCAGCCUGCUGCGCCUGGCCUGGCUUCCCACGCCAGAGCCCCGUCAUUGCAAUCCCUACAUCUGGUCACACCCUCUCAUCGGAAAGCUGCCUCCUUUCAGAACCUCCAUUCUCUGCUGAGUGGCAAGGGGGACCGGUCCAACCUCUACCUGGUAGGAGGGCCAGGGGACCACAGUGCAGCUGGCAGGCCAGCCAAGGCCCCACCCCGGCGUGCCCUCAGUGUGGAGGACGUGGGGGCCCCCAGCCUGGCCCGCGCAGUGGGCCGCGUGGUGGAGGUGUUCCCAGACGGCACCAGCCAGCUGCAGCUGCAGCGCCUCCCAGAGGGCACUUUCGGCUUCUGUGUGGCCUCUGGGAAUGGGCGCAGGGACUCAGGAUUCUACGUGCAGGAGAUGGUGGACUUGAGCACGGCCAAACUGUACUCGGGGCUGCUGGGGGUGGGGGACGAGAUCCUCGAGGUGAAUGGGGCCAAGGUUGCAAGGCUGGGCUUGGCACACAUUAAGGAGCUCCUGGCUCACUCGGAGAGCUUGUCAAUCCGUGUCCUGAGGCAGAGGCCUGUCCCACGGUGA